AGUGACUCUUUACUCAGAGCUCAGGAAUCUUUCUCAGAAGCUGGAUAGGCUCAUUUCAAAACCUCUUUGUUAUAUUUUAUUAUUAUUUUAAACAGUGAACAUCGGGCAGUAACUUCACCGGAGUUUAAAUGUGACCUUCACCACAUACAGAUGCUUUUAAACUAUUUAAAACAUCAUAAGCAUGGCAUCAGUCUGGCUCGUGCUUGUGCUGGGGAUAUAUAUUAAUGCCUGGAUAAAAGUGAUUCAGGCAUCGUGUGCUACGGUACACACUCCAGCCACAGUGGUCCUCGCUGGCUCACCCGUGUCCGUGUCCUGCUCCAUCGAGGACGACUGCUUGCUGACCAAAGGCAAAGACUUUCGUGUGGCGUGGAAGAUUAAUAAGGAUUUUGCCCCCAGCAAUCUCUCUUACCAGGAGAAUAACAGGACAUAUGGCCUACGCAUCCCCAGCCUACCACACACAGCAGACAUCGCUUGUUUCGUGUGUGUUUCGGAAGAAAACUGCCAAAUAGUCGAUGGAGUGAAAGUAAAAGUGGAUUAUCCUCCACCCAUUCCUCGAAACCUGAGCUGUGUUUUGAAUGUAACGGAGUCAUCCAGACUCCUGUGUCAAUGGGAUCCUGGUGAGGAAACGGCCAGCCUUUCUACAAAAUAUACUCUUCACGCAUUGAGGGCCCAAUCAGAAAAGGCUCAAUAUGAGAUCCCACCUGGACAGCAUUUCUACUUGAUUCCGCGGGAUUCUUAUAGUAAAUAUUCAGAGUUGGAGGUUUAUGUGACAGCAGUGAAUGUCCUUGGAAAUGCCACUUCUGCUUCUCUGGAACUGAUCCCUAUGGAUACAGCAAAGUUCAACGCUCCAGAGAUUAAGAGUGUUGAAGCGGAUGCUCCUGGCUGCUUACAGUACAGCUGGAGUCUUCCACAGUCAUGGGUGCAGUCCACCCUCAUUGUAGAGCUGAGACUGACAACAUUGAACAACCAGCUUGACAAAGAGUUGUUUUCUACCUUCAGUCAACGACAAGGAAACGAAAUAAAAAAAUGUGGCCUCCUUCAUGGGACACAUUACAGCAGCACAAUGCGAGUGAAGUACCGUCCAUCAAGUGAAUGGAGUGAAUGGAGUGACCCGAAAACAACCAACACACUUAUGAGGGCUCCGGCUGGAAGUUUGGACACAUGGCUUAAAGUGAAUGAUCAGGUCGCAAAGCUCUACUGGAAGCCCUCAAAAGAUUUCCGUGCCAAUGGCUGGGAUUUGUCAUACACUGUCGAAUCAAAGGAGACUAAAACGACUUUGUGUGUAACUCAAGAAAGCCACUGCUCUUUUAAUCUCAACAAGUGGAUUAAAAAGGUCUACCUGAGAGCUACGAAUGCAAUGGGGAGCUCGAAUCAUACCCAAGUACCAGUGUAUCGUAAGAAAGGGCUGGACUCUGUGUCUAAUGUCAGUGUGCGUCCCCAGUCGCAGACGUCUGUGCUCAUAGCGUGGGAAAGCCCUGAGUCCUCCGGUGUCACGGGAUACACGCUCGAGUGGAGAUCUCUGAGUGAGACACCGGCAGUUCCCCUGUCCUUCAUUCUGAUGGACAAAAACAGCUCCAGUACCUUAGUAACAGGGUUAAGGCCUUACAAGCCCUAUGAGAUCUCCGUCUUUCCCAAAUAUGCUGACGGGGUUGGUCGUCCUCUUACCGUAAUGGCGUAUAGCAGUGAGAGAGCACCCUCUGAGGCACCAAACUUGGAAGUUGUGGAAAUCCAUCAUUCACAGGUCAAACUUCACUGGGAUGAAAUUCCCCUUGAACAGAGAAAUGGGAUCAUUCAAGGAUAUACUAUUUACUUUUGGGAUGAUAGUAAUGAUACCCAAGUUAUACACACUGAGAAGACCAAUGUUGUGGUGGAAAAUCUUCAACCGCUUACCAAAUAUCAUGCCUUAGUAUCGGUUCUUACAAUGGGUGGAAGUUUAAAUGGAUCAGUUGAGAACCUGACAACUGGACAUAUUGAUGGAUUUGACAUGGUGCUCUUUGUUAUCCCAGCAUGCAUUGGGUUAUCACUUCUCAUCAUCAUUGUUGUGUUUACCUGUUUGGGGAAACAUGAACGGGUGAAGAUGUGUUUAUGGCCUAUAAUUCCCGACCCUGCCAACAGCAGCAUUAAGAGGUGGACCACCACCGACUCACUGCAGGGCAUGCCUCCCUUUAAAGAAGACAAGGACCCUGUGUUGGUGUUUCUGUCCCGCUUCAGUCUUCUCGAUCUGUCUGAGAAAGAGCCGUUCAAGGGUGACUACGUCAAGGAGAGUCAGUGGUCACAUGAUAUGGACAGUCGUGAUGGGAGUCACAGCUCUUUCCAGGCCUGCAGUUACGACUCGGAGCAGGACAGGGACUCAGUCCCUUACGCCACUGUGGUUUUCGGUGGUUCGUAUCAAAGCCAUUCGACCCCUCUGCCACCCUACGUGCGCUCUGAGUCCACACAGCCCCUGUUAGGAGGGGACGAGCCCGCCAGCCCUCCACCGUAUGAGAACGUGUCGCGAGGCAGCCGUGUUUCUAAAGCAAAGCACUUCACUGCAUUUCCUUCGAAAUCCACUGGAAGUGAGGAGAACGAAGAACUUUGGGAAGAAUUUCCCAUGCUCAGAUCCCUAGAGAUCAGGGAUACUGAUCAUAACUAAACUGAAUUUGAGUCUAUAUAGAAACAUGCAGGUGCCCCAAAAAACAGCACAGGCUCAUUGGAAAACUGUCCUUCUACCUACAUUUUUGCACAACCAAGAACAUGUACAUACAAAUCACUGCCGUUUCC